AUGAAGUACUUGCGGCUCGCAGCGACAGGUAGCCGUUGCGGGCGCCGUUGCUGGUCUCGUGUCGCGGUAUGUCAUGUCAUAGACCUCCCUGACGAUUCGGUUCUGAAGCAAGUUGAAGCUGACCAUCAUCUGUCUUCCUCUAGCUUCGUCAUUGCGCCGCUCGAUGUCAUCAAAAUCCGCCUUCAACUCCAAGUUCACUCCCUCUCCGAUCCUCUUAGCCAUAGCCGUGUCAAUGGCCCCGUCUACAAAGGAACAUUGGGCACCUUGAAGCACAUCCUGCGCGAGGAAGGCCUGACGGGGUUAUGGAAAGGCAACAUCCCCGCCGAGGCCAUGUAUCUGGCAUACGGCAGCGCCCAAUUCUCCGCGUAUACGUCCAUUUCUCAUAUGCUCGAAGCCAUACCGCCUCCAUACACGCUUCCGAGCACUGUGGUCUCCUUUGUAAGCGGCGCAGCAGCUGGCGCGGCCGCCACAACUGCUACAUACCCACUCGAUCUCCUCCGCACCCGAUUUGCUGCCCAAGGGACCGAUCGCGUCUACACGUCAUUGUUGGCAUCUAUUCGGCAUAUCGCCAGCCACGAAGGUCCCACUGGCUUCUUUCGAGGUUUGGGGGCCGGUGUCAGUCAAAUAGUCCCGUAUAUGGGCCUUUUCUUCGCGAGCUACGAAACGUUGAAGCCGAUCGUUGCUAAUUCGCCAAUACCUCUGCCAUUUGGGACGUCAGACGCUGCCGCUGGGAUUCUCGCAAGCGUGCUCUCCAAAUCCGCCGUGUACCCUCUUGACACGACUCGGAAGCGCCUACAGGUCCAAGGGCCAAUGCGGUCGAGAUAUGUUCAUCGGAAUAUACCAGUGUACACCGGCGUCAUCAGCACGCUGUCGCACAUAUGGAAGCACGAAGGUAGAAGAGGAUUGUACCGUGGAUUGACGGUUAGCCUACUCAAGGCUGCGCCGGCAAGCGCCGUGACCAUGUGGACAUAUGAGAGAGCAAUGGGAGUUAUGCUUUCUUUUGACCAAGAGUCGGCAGCGUAA